AGAGUGUAUGAAGGAAGUGCAGCCAGCAGACGGAUGAACACUUUCACACAGUAAGGACACACCGGUGCUUCUGCAUAGACUCUGAUCAGCCGAGCGAGGAUGAAGAUGAGGCUGGUUCAAGCUCUUCUCUUGAUGGUAGUGAUUUUAGCACUGGUGAAUGUAGCAUCAACUGCGACAAGUUGGACGACACCAGGACCUCAUGGAUUAAAUUUAAAUGGGAAGAUGUUCACCUUGUCUCUUAAUAGAGGAGGAAUUUCAUUCUUUCCACCCUCUUGGCCUUCCACUCCUUCCUCCACCACCAGUCCCUACUACAGCACCACCAAGCGUUCCUACAGCACCACCAAGCAUCCGUACACCACCACCAGGCAUCACCACCCCACCACCAAGCGUUCCUACAGCACCACCAAGCGUUCCUACAGCACCACCAAGCAUCCGUACACCACCACCAGGCAUCACCACCCCACCACCAGGCAUCACCACCCCACCACCAAGCGUUCCUACAGCACCACCAAGCAUCCGUACACCACCACCAGGCAUCACCACCCCACCACCAAGCGUUCCUACAGCACCACCAAGCAUCCGUACACCACCACCAGGCAUCACCACACCACCCCCAAGCGUCCCCACACCACCACCACGCGUCCCCACACCACCACCACGCGUCCCCACACCACCACCAGGCAUCACCACCCCACCACCAAGCGUUCCUACAGCACCACCAAGCAUCCGUACACCACCACCACGCGUCCCAACACCACCACCACGCGUCCCCACACCACCACCACGCGUCCCAACACCACCACCACGCGUCCCCACACCACCACCACGCGUCCCCACACCACCACCACAGCACCUUCUGUUAGAGGUGUGUCGGUGUGUCUGCGUUACCUCACCAACACUGUAGAAAAUAGACUCUUCACAGUCAGUCCAUCCAGGAUGCCGCUGCAGGUGACCGUCAAUCAACUUGGUUAUUAUACACUAAGGUUUAACUCAUACGGUUACAACACACUGUACAUGAAACCUAGCAUAAGAUUCUGGUCAAACAUUGGACCGGACAUCUGGAGCAGAGUCUGUUUCACCUUGGACUCCAUGAAGAACGUGGCCCAGGCGUUUAGCGGCUCCAACAUCAGCAUCAGGAUGUUGUUACCUUAUCAGUAUGUCUGGUCAGGUGAGCCUGUGAUUGAAUUUCCAGGUUUUGACGGUCAGUUGACAGACGUCCAGAUGUGGGAUUAUCCUCUCAGCUAUAGAGAAGUCUUCAAGUACAUGAACAACGGUGUCUACGGGCCGCACCACGGCUCUGUCCUCACCUGGUCCUCCAUCAACUACACUCCCAGUGGAAACACGCUGUUGGAGGACGUCUAUGAGUGGGAGGCGAAACAGCAGAUCAGCGGCAGGAGGAGAGGCCGUCGACCAAAGGGAGGGAGGAAGAACAGAAAGUUUGUUAAUGUGGUGGAAAGAGAAGAGGGAAUAAGAGAUCUGCUUUAAUGAAACAUACAGAAUGUGUGUGAAAAGCUGUAUGAUCUUCAGCUGUGAUUUCUUCCACAAGAACGAUCAUUUGAGCAUUUAUCCAAUCAAUAAUUAAUCAUUAAUGAAACUGAAACAUUGCUGAUCUGAUAAACGUGUGUGAUUAUAUUUCCUUUGUUUCCUAAAGUUUAGGCCAAAACCCCCAAUGUGCCAACAACAUUUUGUGUCAUUCUAACGUGUGUUAAGCUUUUACUAACUGAAGAUGGAUAUCACACUCUUUAGGGGUAGAAAUAAUAUAUCACCUAGCUAAUUUGACUGAUUUUGGCUUUACUGUUCAGAUUGUAGCACGGCAACCUUCAGUACUGCAGAUGGUCCUGAAACUCCUUUGUGGUGCAUACCUUUUGAGAAAGGUGGCUGGGGCUAUGAAUCAAGUUUACUAUGAUUAUGAUAUAUAAGAAUAAGAAGAAGAAAAAGAAGAAUAUUUUUGAGCUUCUAUGUCUAGAGCCUACAACAGCCAAAGAGUGAUCAUGUAGACAGAGGACCCACUCUCUUUGUCCUCUCCUGUCCUGUACCACUUACACACCAGCCUCUGGAUGAUUGAUACAUUAACCUUUAUAAAUUUAACAAAAGUCAACAUGGUUGUUGUGGCUUUUUAUAAAUCAUGUUGAGCUGCAUAUAUCAGAAAAUUAGCUAGUGCCAUGAAUAAAGUUUAUUAGCAUUA